AUGAAAGAAGGUGUCAAUGCGUUACGUCUACUAUUCUAUGCGAAUCUUCUUAGUAGUCAACGUGAUUCAUUAGAAAUUAUAGAAACUGAACGCAAAAAUUAUGAAACAAUGGAAAUCGAAUUAGUUAAACGUCGUCAACGACAUAAUGAUGAUGCUAGUGAUAAUGAAGAACAACAUAAAAAUGAACAAAAACCAUCCAGUGGUGAAAAUACUUCCGCAACUUCGACAUCUUCAACAGCAGCAGCAGCAGCAACAACAACAACACGUAAAUCAACCAAUGAAGUAGAUGACCUCGAAUCUCCAUAUGAAAACCCUUUACAAAUAAAACUUAGUCUUAAACCAAAUGAGUAUCGACAGGGUCAAUAUCCAUUUGAUAUAUUUGUUAAUGAAUGUGCUAAUGAAAAAAUCGACAUUAGAAAAGAAUAUCUAAAUUUUAUUCAACAACCAACUAGUUUUAUUCAAUUUUCAUUUAUUUUUUAUCCAUUUUUUUUAUCAACGAUAAAUAAAAUAGCCUUACUUAAUAUUGAAAGUAAAGCACGAAUGUAUCUUCAACGACGUUCAAUAUUUGUUCAUAAUAUAUUUAGUUCAAUUCGUCUAAAUCCAUUUUUUAAAAUACAUGUUCGACGUAAUCAUUUAAUUGAAGAUGCUCUUAUUUCGCUCGAAUAUCAAGGUAUUGAACAUCCUGAGGAACUUAAAAAACAAUUCUUUGUCGAAUUCGACGGUGAACAAGGUCAUGAUGAAGGUAUGUUUAUGACAAAUGAAGAAACACGUUGUUUAUGGUUUAAUCCAUCAGCAGCUGAAGAUCUCGAUCGUGAAUAUACAUUAAUAGGCAUGUUAUUAGGUUUAGCUAUAUAUAAUUCAAUUAUUCUUGAUACUAAAUUUCCACCUGUUAUUUAUCGUAAACUAAUUGCUAAAAUUGGUACUUUUGAAGAUCUUGAAACAUCACAUCCGACCAUAUAUAGAAGUUUAAAAAGUCUUUUAACAUUUAAUGAAGAAAACGAAGGUAUCACGAUUGAAGAUGCAUUUGGUUUAACAUUUCAAGUUGCUAUUACUGAUGCAAUUGGUUCACGAUUAUUAUUUGAUUUAAAAGAAAAUGGAGAAAUAAUUCCAGUAACAAAUGCUAAUCGAGAGGAAUUUGUACGUCUUUAUAGCGAUCUUUUGUUAAACAAAAGUAUUGAAAAACAAUUUCAUCCGUUUUAUCAUGGAUUCUUAUUGGUAACACGUGAUAGUUCGUUAAGAAAAUUAUUUCGAGCAGAUGAAAUUGAUUUACUUGUUGCUGGUAGUCAAGUACUUGAUUUUAAUCAACUCGCUUCAGCUGCUGAUUAUGAUGGUGGUUAUACAAAAGAUAGUCUCACAAUUAAAAACUUUUGGUCUGUCCUAAUGACUUUUACUGAUGAACAAAAACGAAAAUUUUUACGAUUUACUACUGGUAGUGAUCGUGCUCCUAUUGGUGGUUUAGCUAGAUUAAAAUUAAUUAUAUCUCGUAAUGGUCCAGAUACUGAUCGUUUACCAACAGCACACACAUGUUUCAAUGCUCUUCUCCUUCCUGAUUAUUCAUCAAUUGAAAAAUUACGAGAAAAACUUUCUAUAGCUAUUGAUAAUGCUGCAGGAUUUGGAUUACGCUAA